AUGGAGACAGCAGCUUCUAUGGGGUAUCAAGCAUCCCAAGGUUCAGCAAAGAGAGUUGGAGGUCUACCGUUACUGGCUCUGUGCUGUUUUGGCUUGGUCGGCUUAGUAUUUGCAGGGGCGAUCGUCGUCGCUCUCAUUCCUGUGUAUUUAAAAAGACAUAGUGUUAAUGUCCGUGAACGAGAAAGUGGCGUUAUUCAAAUAAUUUACAAUCUGCCCAUAAAUGGAACGUUACCAGAUGGAUCAUUGAUCGGAAAUGGGCAGAUCUCUCAAUCAAAAUAUCCACUGUUGCAAAAUAUAGCAAGCAUAAAACAACUGAAUAAUGCAACCGGUCACAGUCGAGUACGUGGAACACGGAUUCAGGUGGUCAAUGCAAUCAUAAGAGAACUGCAAAAUGCUGGAAAAAAGAAGAAACGUCAAGCGCCAACACGGACAAUAGAUCGCACAAUGUAUCGCUAUGUUGACAAAGCGGCUAGUUAUUCCGAAACAUCGGUUCAAAUGAUAGUUGAGUUUCGACUCAUACUUCCCAUUAGUUGUGACACGCUGGGCUGCGAACAGGAUACAAUACAAACAGUAACAACUCAAAUACUUGUUGUGCUGCGCUUUGAAGAGACUGUAUUUAUGUCAUUCUUUGGUUCAACAAUAUCAACCGGGGGUAAGAGUAAUACUAAUUCAGUAACACGGCAGAUGUCUCCAACAACAACUACCACUGGCCAACCAGGGCCAAAACCAUCGACCUCAAGUAAAGCUGGACAUGUCUCAACUCUAGUUUCAAAUGGACAACUUUCUUCAUCAAGAACAGUCACAAAAACACAAGAGCCUAACCGUCACAAAACGUCACCCGAGGGACUUGCUACUCCUGGUCCAGGCGCUACAACUAACAAAAUGAGAUCUUUAACCACCUUAACGAUUAUACCAUCGACUUAUGAAACAAAACAACAACAACGAACUUCGUCUUCAAAAGCAACUCCUGCAGUUACAAAAGAACAUCCAGAAACUCUGAGCACUAGAAAUACAGGUACACCUAUUUUGUUAUAUGACGGUAAAACAGCAAUAUCCGUUGAACAAGUUACAGUGGGAAUGAGUAUUAUGGGUUUAAACAAGGAAAAUAAUACAGUUACUUAUAUACGUAAACAAGGAUUGAGUGGACGUGCUCUAUAUGGCCUAAAUGGUGAACAACCAUUUGUAUCUCCAGAACACGUAUUUAUAUCGCCUGAGAAUCAGUCUAUUCGCCUAGUUUUUGAUAAAAAUUACACAAGCAUUGGUCGACCUGAUUUACCGAUUGAUUCUAUUCAACAAAUUGAGAUUGGUGUGAAAGUAUACAAAUGGAAUAUGACUACAAAUGAUUUUGAUAUAGUAGCUGUAGAAUCAAUUAGUCAAACAACAUCUUACCCAUUUAAUACAUCGCUAUAUAAUAUAGAAACUAAUUCAGUAUCUGGUAUUGCAGGUAUUACUGCACAUGGUUAUUUAACCGGCAUUGAAUUAUAUGAUUACAAAUAUUACUCAGCUGCUAUAGUAUUAGUGUUCGAUAUAAUGGAUGUGAUCACUCCACAUUUACAUCAGCGAUAUGUAAAUUAUACAAAUACUUAUCAUUCAAUCAAUUAUUCUGUUGAAACAGAUUAUGAGAAUCGGGUUGGCCUUGCACUAGCUAAUGUAGUUUAUCAAGCUGCUUUAAAUCGAUCAUCUUCAUUAAAUAUAUCAAUGCCUGUACAACCAACAGACGCAUAUGAAUCAUUAUGGCAUAGUCUUGCUGAACCAAUAAAGACGCAGACGGCGCAGACACUAGGUAAUACGCUCAAUGGUUUUUAUAUACCAUUUGUAACAAAUUGUGUUAUAAAACUUAUGUGGUUAAAUUAUUUAAACCCUAAUGCUGAAGGACAAACUAUUAUUGAUCAAGCGAUUAAUGAUUCACUCAAUUGGUGGUAUACAACAAACGAUUAUUAA